UUGAAGAAAAGGCCGAGCCGUUGCGUACCUAGGAUGCCAUGUGGAAGCUGAAGCUGCACCUCCCGCAUGACCCCUCUAGCCAGCUGGGCCCCUCAGAUGAGAGUUGCAUCCAGGCCAGCACUAGCCGCUCAGCCACCAGCAGCGGCACCCCCAACUGCAGUUGGCUCUCCUGCUGCUGUGCCCCGUCUGAUGGUCCAGAUGGCAACCACUGCAGCUGGCGUGGCUGUGGGCUCUGCCGUGGGGCACACACUGGGUCACGCCAUUACUGGGGGGUUUAGUGGAGGAAGUAAUGCUGAGCCUGCGAGGCCUGACAUCACUUACCAGGAGCCUCAGGGAACCCAGCUGGCACAGCAGCAGCAGCCUUGCUUCUAUGAGAUCGAACAGUUUCUGGAGUGUGCCCAGAACCAUGGUGACAUCAAGCUCUGUGAGGGUUUCAAUGAGGUGCUGAAACAGUGCCGACUGGCAAAACGAUUGGCCUGAUCAAGAAGUUCAACCUGGAGAAAUGGAAAAUCAGCUCUAUAACCAAGUUAAUUUAGUAUAAAAAUCGAAUUGAUAGUGAAGGUAUAAAGUGUAACCAUCAGUUAAACCUCUUGUGUCAUUCCUAGCUUCCUUGCUUCUGAAUUGAAAUGGAAGGGGGUGUUCCUACUCUGUAGAAUUUGGGGCUGGGCAAAUGUUUGUGUGGCCUCCUUAAAAGAGCUGUUAUGAUUUUAUUCUUUGUGAGUUAAUUAGAAUAAAGUCAUUUUCUUCCAAGGGAAAAAAAGAAGAUUUGAAAUAUUGGACAAGUUAACUUAUCCUGAAUGUGUGGAAGACGACUACCCCUGCUUAGAACUCAUGAGCUGCUCUUUACUGUGUUUUUAUUAACCCAUCUAAAUGGGAAGAACAAUAACAGGACCCUGGAAUCUGUUUCCAUUAUGCAAUUAGUGGCACACAGGUAAACUGCAAAAUUCCAACUGCAGAAUUUCAUAAUUGAUAGUUCUUCCUUUAUGUCUAAGAUGAUUUCAAAAUAAUCAUCUCCUUAGAAUUAUUUGCAACAGAUAAUGUAUUAGUUUGCUGGAGCUGCCAUAACAAAGUACCACAGACACAGUUCUGGAGGCCAGAAGUCCAAGAUCAAGGUGUUGGCAGGGUUGGUUCUAAGGGCUGUCGUGGAGAAUCUGUUCCAAGCCUUGUACUGGCUUCUGGUGGUUUGCAGGCAAUAUUUGGUGCUCCUUGGCUUCUGCUACAUCACCCCGACCUCUGCCUUCAUGUUCACGUGGCAGUCUCCCUGUGUGCAUGUCUGUCUAGCGCUGCAUUUGAAUUUCCCCUUUUCAUAAGGAUACCGGUCAUAUUGGAUUAGGACCCACCCAAUGACCUCACUGUAACUUGAUUACCUCUGUAAAAAGCCUAUCUCCAAAUAAGGUCACAUUCUGAGGAAUAUGGGGUUAGGACCUCAAAAAUAUGUUUUUUAGGACCACAAAAAAAUUGUGUCCU